AUGGUAUCAUCUUUCAAAACUCUCUUCAUCGCAGUAUGUCUGCUAAUGAUCGAGGCUACACCCUUACUCAAGAAAAAGGGGUUGAGCUUCGACUACAAUGGCGGCAAGGUUCGUGGAGUCAAUUUGGGAGGGUGGUUUGUGCUCGAGCCCUGGAUUACCCCAUCAUUGUUCUAUGGUUCUUGGGUAGAUGAGUACACGCUUACUCAAACGCUUGGGAAAUCUGCUUCUCAAAACCUAUUAAACGCACAUUGGGCAACUUGGAUAACACAACAUGAUUUCAAUGAGAUUGCAAGUGUUGGGUUGAAUCAUGUCCGCAUACCAAUCGGAUAUUGGGCUUUGAAUCCGCUGCCUGGUGAUCCUUAUGUCCAGGGACAACUGCAAUACCUAGACCAAGCUAUUGGCUGGGCAAGACAAGCUGGCUUGAAAGUUAUUCUGGAUGUUCAUGGGGCUCCAGGAAGCCAAAAUGGAUUCGAUAACUCUGGACGAAAAGGACCCGUUACUUGGACCCAAGGAGACACUACUAAGCAAACCUUGGCUGCUAUCCAGUCACUCGCCUACCGCUAUGCUCCAGCGACAGACGUUGUUACGGGAAUUGAGCUUCUCAACGAGCCAGCUAGCUGGGACCUUGACAUGGGUGCAGUGAAGCAAUUCUAUUAUGAUGGUUGGGGAAACGUGAGAAACGCAAAUCCUGAUACCGCAGUUGUCAUUCAUGAUGCGUUUCUUUCUCCGCCGUCAUGGAAUGGCUUCAUGAACUAUCAAUCUGGAGUUAAUGACAUCAUUCUCGACACGCAUAUUUAUCAAAUAUUUUCCUUUGCAGAGGUGGCCAUGAAGCCUUGUCAACAUGUUCAGGUUGCUUGCAGUCAGAUUGGCAACUUAGCCAAUACAGAUAAAUGGACCAUCGUCGGGGAGUUUAGCGGUGCCCAAACGGAUUGCGCAAAAUGGUUGAAUGGCUUUGGUGUAGGUUCUCGAUACGAUGGUUCAUAUCCGGGUAGUUACGCAUGGUACGGAUCUUGCCAGACGAAAGAUGUAGGAACGGUUGAUGGUCUACUUGAAAUCGACAAAGUCAACCUGGCAUACUUUAUGGAAGCCCAGCUUGAUGCAUACGAAGCUCAUUCCGGAUGGGUGUUCUGGACGUGGAAGACGGAAUCAGCUCCCGAAUGGCAUUUCCAGAACUUGACGAGAGCGGGCUUGAUACCCCAGCCAUUAACGAGUAGAAAAUAUGGAAAACAAUGCGCGACUUCGACUUGUUUGAUUCCAGACAGUUGA